AUGGGGAAGUGCUCCGCUUCAUUCGCCAUCGCUCAUCAACCUGGCCAAGCAGCUUUCUCUGUCGAGUCAUAUCCGCUGUGCAACUCGGCCCUGCUUGACUCUGCUUCGACCAUCCACAUCUUCAACCAAAUUUCACGAUUUCUCAACUUCAGGAGAGCGACAAAAGGCGACUUCCUCUGGGCAGGGGAGAGCCAAGUGCCUAUUCAAGGCUAUGGUGAUGUCGACAUCAGGAUCGAAGGCCCUCAAGGCCCACGCUGUCUACGGCUGACUGAUGUCGCGUUUUGCGAAAAUUUUGCGUGCAACCUAGUCUCCUACAAAACCCUGAAGAGACACGGCAUCUGGUGGGACGAAAGUCCAGGCCAACAGUCGUGCCUUCGAGCUUCAGAUUGGAGCAUCAUCGGCCUGGUCAGCCAGGAACACGACCAGUUUGUGCUGGAACACAUCCCCAGCGACGUCACUCGAAGGGCAUUCUUCAACAGACGAAACAAGUACACUUCGAUAACACAACGAAGCCCUCAGAAGGUAUCUGCAAAGCUCUGGCACCUGCGGCUCGGGCACCCAGGCCCCAGAGCCAUGGAGCACCUCGUGAACUGCUCACGAGGAGUGAAGAUCAAAGGAAUCCCCCCUCCGUUGACUGUGAUAACUGCAGCAAGCGGGUUUGCCUGGGAUUUCUACCUGCAAGACCGCAAAACAGAGACUGUCAAGGCUUCGAUUGAAUACCUUCUGAGCAACCUGAAACAUCAAUACGAAUUUAUCACAAAAAUCGUCGAGUGCGACAAUGAGCUGACUACGGGGAAACCAGAAAUUCUCAACUACCUCGUCCACGAGAAGUUCCUCAAGGUCGAGCCAUCGGCCCCAAACACCCAAUGUCAAAAUGGAUUGGUCUGGAUACCUUUGACAGGCGAGGUGAUACUCACACGAGACGUCGUUUUCGAUGAGGAUCAAGUGUUCGAUGGAACGCUCCAAAGCCUCGCUGAAUCGAAUGAUGAAAUUUCCUCGCUAAUGACAACGCAGGCUCCAGAUGAGCCCGUCUUCGAUUUCAACGACGACGACGAACAAAUGGUCGAUCCACCAAACGAGGAACAAUUCAAUGAAAAAUACACUGAGGCACGCUUUGAACUCCUGCCAACGCCUCCGCAGACUCCUCCGGCUGCUCUCCUUGCAGCCUCAAUACAAAUGAUACAAGACCCCUUUGUGGAAAGAAAAAUCCAGGACAGACCCUGGUGGCAAGAGAGUCAUGAUGACCUCACAAUGCCUGAAACAUCACAGAGCUUGACAGAUGGGCACCAGGACGGGCUGUCACCCUCCUGGACUGUUGCAAACCCCAUUUCAAAAGACAAGACAAGUGGGAAGCCUCGAGACAAGGCCUACCUAGAAAGACUCAUCUUCAAGAAACAAAUCGAUCGAAAAGACCUACCGCCUCUCCCAAAGAGUCACCACGAUCUCAAGACACACACUUUCCGCUACAUGUUCGAGCAAGCCGAACGAGACCACCUCCAGAGCCACCAGAAAAUGGGUUCUUGGAAGGAGGUGGCCCUCAACACAAUCUCAAAUGGAACACAAAUUCUUGACUGCAUGUGGAUUUACGUCUACAAGUACACCAAGCGAGGCAGGCUGGUGAAAUGCAAAGCUCGCCUUGUGACGGUUCCUCAUGAGCCCUGUUGCCUAACCCUCGACGGCAUAUUCGUCUUCUUUUACGUUGAUGACAUUGUGUUUGCGUUUCGGAAGGAAGACGGACUGAGGGCAAAGCUCUAA